AUGACACCACAAAGGUGCUCAUUCUUGCUGAUGAUGACCUUAGAGUCGUUGGAGGAACAGUAUGGGUUGUCGUUUUCGAUUGAAGUUCCCGAGUUGCGCAUCAGGUUGAUGCAGGUCGAUGAGUUCAGCUGGUCGAAGGUUCAUCAGCAUGUCCUUCGUCAGGAAGCAGUCUCGGCGCGUGAACUUGCUGAUACCCAGCAGGGAGUCCUGCACGAUACCCAUGACAGGACGGUUACCCUGCGGGGAGACAAUUUGCUUAGGCACAAGCAUGAGGUGUUUUACCUCCGCACGCGUUUCGUGCGUCUGGGCGAGAUGGAGGUUCAUUUCGUCUCCAUCGAAAUCCGCAUUGUACGGCGAGGUUACCGACAGGUUCAGACGGAACGUCGAGUACGGCAGGACCUUGCAACGGUGUCCCAUGAUACUCAUCUUGUGAAGCGACGGUUGCCGAUUAAACAGGAUGAAGUCACCAUCCUGCAGAUGCCGCUCUACGCGGUAACCGUACUCCAGCUGCAGGUCGCUCGCCCGCUUCACGUGGCGCAGGUCAAAGCGCGUCCCAUCGUCACGAACGAUGAACUUGGCGCCUGGCCACUCGUGAGGACCCAUUUCAACCUUGGCUCGCAAACUCUCAAAGUUGAGCGGAGUCACGGUCUCACUGAACGUAAGUGUCAUGGCGAUGGACUUCGGCACGCCGAUGAUGUCGAUGGGAAGGUUGGGGUCACCCGUGAUGACAGUACGCGCCGAGAAGUCCACACGCUUUCCCAUAAGGUUGCCACGCAGCCGUCCGUCCUUACCCUUCAGGCGCGCUCGGAUGGACUUGAUGGGCUUCUUUGA